CCUGGCCCAUAUAAGAACCCUCGCCAAAACCUCGACUGACAACUUUCAGACCGACUCAACAACACUCGCACCGUUUGCAAUGGCGAUAAUUUCCGAUAUUGAAGAAGAACGAAACGAUAAGAGGCCGUCCUCCUCCUCCUCUUCCUCCUCCUCCUUGUCGCAGCCGAAGGCGUUCAGUGCGACAUUGGAUCCGGCAAACCCUAUGGGGUUCGUGGAGAAGGCUGUCGAGUUCCUCGCGAAAGAGAGUGACUUCCUGGGAAGGGAGUCGGCGGAGAGGGAGAUUGCCUCAGUCGUGAAGGCUGCGAAGGAGAAGGUGGCGAAGAGGAAGAAGGCGGAUGAAGAAGCUAGGAUGGCAGCGGAGAAGAAGCUCAAGGAGGAGGAAGUUAAGGGAGAGAAGAAGGUGGAAAUCCAGGCGCAACCAGUGGAAGUGGACAAUGAUAAGGCGGAGGAGAAGAGUGGCAGGAGAGUUCCAAACAAGGGCAAUGGCCUUGAUCUGGAGAAAUAUUCCUGGACACAGACCUUGCAAGAGGUUAAUGUACAAGUUCCAGUUCCCAGUGGAACUAAAUCGAGGUUUGUUGUGUGUGAUAUAAAAAAGAAUCAUCUAAAAGUUGGUCUCAAAGGUCAGCCUGCAAUAGUUGAUGGGCCCCUUUUUGAGUCUAUCAAGAUUGAUGAUUCUUACUGGAGCCUAGAGGACCAAAAUACAAUCUCGGUCUACUUGACCAAGCUCAACCAGAUGGAAUGGUGGAAAUCUCUGGUUAAGGGAGAUCCUGAGAUUGAUACUCAGAAAGUUGAACCUGAGAACAGCAAGUUAUCUGACUUGGAUCCAGAGACGCGGCAGACUGUUGAGAAGAUGAUGUUUGAUCAGAGGCAGAAGUCUAUGGGACUCCCAACUAGUGAAGAGAUGCAGAAGCAGGAUAUUCUGAAGAAGUUUAUGGCUGAGCAUCCAGAGAUGGACUUCUCAAGGGCAAAGCUAUCGUAAGCAGCAAUUAUUGAUGAUAACAAGAAGGGCUUUUUGGGUUUGAGUAUCAUCCUGUGAGAAACGUUGUUGAAUUUCCCUUCCUAGAGGGCCAUAGAUGAAAACUUGUUUAUAUGCAGUGGGAAUUGAAAAGCUUUUUGGAUGAAUUAAUUUCAUACUUGAGUUUUGUGGACCUUGGCCCCGGAUGGUGUUUACUAUAUAAUAUGGGGUUCAAAUACUGUGAUUUCACCAAAA